GACAUUAAUUUCCAUUGUAGUAGUAUGGGAUCAACCCUUCAAAGUCUGAUACAACUAUUGUAUAUUUUUUACAGCCGCAACAUGGUUUUCAUGCCUGCUCUAAACUUGCUUGUGUACAACGUCCUUUUGGGUUAUAUAAGCACGGAAAUCAAUCGAAUCAUUAAUGUUUCUACGGCCCAGACAAGUCUUUGGCAGCAUAUUCCUAUUAUCGGCCAGAUGUUCGCUCCUUUAGAACCUGAAACCCAUUAUGGAGUGGAAUUCGGGGAACGCAUGUGGAACUUCAACCUAUAUAUAAACAUCUUCCUGCUUCUCCCUGCAUUUUUUCAGAUCUAUCAUAUCUCCUUGCUGGUGGCGCUUGUUCUCAUGUGGAACUGCUACCUUCACCAGUGUCUGGCUGCUUUCCACCUGAAGAUGGUGUGGCACUUGUGGUGGAGCGACCUAUGCUGGAGCUACUACGUUCCUCUUGUCUUUUUCGGAUUCCUGAUGACCAUGCUGCACUUUAGUCUGAUUAUAGCAACCGUGAUGUAUCAGAUGCAGAUCGACGGAGAUCCAAAGCCCCGGAUCCAGCCCGAGGCUCUCCCAGAGCAGCAGCCACAUCCCACAGAAAAAAUUCAGAAACGGAUGCCAGUGGACCAGCCCAUUGGGCUCUAGAAAAUCUGACACAGAACGCCGGAGCACAGGUUCAGCCGCCUUUAACUGGGUCACCAUCAGUCAGGGGCUUAACCUUGCCGCAUCUACAAAUACACUGGGUCGGUGGUUCAACUAAUAAAUAUGCCAGAAAACACCAGACACACAGAUACCCCGCACGCACACACCAGCACACUACCGCUCACCAGGACAUGUACAAAUGAAUCGCAGCUGAGGGCCGGCCGGGCAUCGGGAAAUAAAACCAUUAAAUAUUUGCGGUUAAACGCACCAAAAACAAA